UCUCAUCCUGCUUUUUUCCCUAGUGUUUGCUAUUUAUUAUGUAAAUAAACGUUCGAGUGUCACGAGAGAUCGGUGCUUUAGUGCGCGCGUGUAUAAGUCGAAAGAGCGAAAUUGACCACACAGUUCACCAUCCAUCGCGACAAUACGGACACGAACGUGUCCUGCUUUCUUACCGUGUUUGCUGCAUGAGUGUAUAUGCUUGUAUCUUGGUCCUUCUGUUGCUCUCAUCCAGACAAAACAAAACGAAAGGAGAAAAGUUUUAACCUUAUUCUGCCUUUUUUUCGCUCUCCUAUUUUCGCCUGAUCGCGUGCUUGGACAGUUCACAACAGUUGAAAUGAGUGGUUAUAACGAGCCGCGAAUAGCCGAUAUCCUCGAGAACGAAGACGACGACAACAGCGUCUCGACGACGACGUCGACACGUCAAAUGAACACUGAUAGGAAUCAAUUUCAGGUUCAAAUUGUAGUAACUCCUUCGAGAGGCCGAGACGGAGGAGCCGAGAUUAAAGUAUGCGGGCCAAAUGGUAGCAUCGGGGGUGGAAACAGUCCCCAAGUGUCAAGAGGAAGAUCAGCCUCCCGACGUCUGCCGCCCAUCCAUAAUUCUCAAGAGAGCCAGUGGAUUUCGCGCAGGACUCGCACUCCAUCACCCGCAAUCCAUGGACGUCAGGAUAGGUAUUACCUGGAACCCAGAUAUGGAAGACAUCACAGGAACAGGAACGACAGGUCUCCGAUAACGACUACGAAAUAUGACGUUGGUAGUUGCGCCGCCGGCUACAACAACCAGUUGAGUCCGAACAUGUCCCCCAUGCAGCAACUCACAGGCGAUGGCGUUACGCAAUUCCUGCGCUCGAAUCCAGAUUUCCUGGACAGGUUCGUGAUGGAGGAGAUAGAGCUUGAGCAGCUGGAACGAUGGAUCAUACGCAGAUCGCAGAAGAUGAAAAAGAAACACGAGCAGAAGAACGACAGGAAGAUUAGCCUGUCCAAGUGGAAGUUCUGCGUACACGCGGACAAAAGGAAGAUGCUACAGGAUCUGACCACGAGCUUAGAGAAACAGCCGACCAAAGAUGAGGUUCUUUGGGAAUUGGCCAGCUGCAUUAGUUCGGCGGUGGACGCCGAUGGAUUUCAGUUGAUACUGAUCGAAAACGCGGAUCUAAGUAGGACGUCGAUUUUCAAAGGAAACAUAAAGACCAGUUUGAAAGCCUCGAAAGCCGUCAUUGCAUACGUGAUCGAUAAGCUUGAAUCCGUUCGCGUUUCCUACCAUCAAAUGGAUAGUAGAUUUCCCAACGGCUCUUUUAAAGAUGGAGAAGAGUACCAUGUAAUGUGCCAACCGGUGGUGUCCAAUGGGAAAUUAGCCGCUAUUUUAGAGCUGUGGAAGAUCAAAGGCAAACAACCGUUUCACGAGGAGGACGAGGAAAUAGGCAUGAGUUAUCUUGUUUGGGGUGGGAUUGCCCUGCACUAUGCAGAUUUAUACUUCAGCAUGAACCAGCAGAAAAAACUUAAUGAUUUUCUACUCGACGUAGUGAAAUCAAUUUUCCAGGAUAUGAUUAGCAUCGAUAAAUUGGUGAAAAAGAUUAUGAAUUUCGCUCAAAAGCUCGUAGAUGCGGAUAGGGCUUCACUGUUUUUGGUAGAUACGAAGAAUAACCAAUUGUAUGCAACAAUCUUUGACGUUGGAUUAGACGAGGAGGAAAGAGUAGAAGCCACUUCCAAGGAAAUUAGAUUCCCUCUCGGAAUCGGUAUAGCUGGUAUUGUGGCUACAACUGGAGAGAUUUUAAACAUUUCUGACGCUUAUUCCGAUGUCAGAUUUAAUAGAUCCAUUGAUCAAUUGACCGGCUACAAAACAGAUACAAUAUUAUGCAUGCCCAUCUACAUACAAGGAAGAAUCAUUGGAGUCGUGCAAAUGGUGAAUAAGCACACCGGAAUGUUUACGAAGGAGGAUCAAGAUGCCUUUGAAAUGUUCGCCAUCUAUUGUGGACUCGCUUUACAUCACGCCCAACUCUACGAUCAAAUCAAGAAAUCGGAACAGAAAUACCGCGUGGCUUUGGAAGUACUCAGUUACCAUAAUACCUGCAAUGAGGAAGAGUUUAAAGAGGCCUUGGGGAAUGGAAUCCCAGAAAAGAUAAUAGGAGUAGACGACUACUACUUUAAUCCAUUUGGUUUAAAAGACAACGAGAAGGCCAAACACGCAAUAUAUAUGUUUAUAGACCUCUUUGGUCUUACCAGAUUUGAUAAAAACAGCCUGAUUCGCUUCACGUUGACCGUUAGGAAAAACUAUAGAAGAGUUCCAUACCACAACUGGACGCACGGGUUUUCCGUGGCGAAUUCCAUGUACACGAUCAUAAAGCAUUCAAAUAAUAUAUUUAGUUUAAAUGAGAGCUUAGCUUUAUAUAUUGGAGCGCUAUGCCAUGAUUUGGAUCAUCGCGGUAAAACAAAUAAGUUCAUGCUGGAUACCGCUUCUCCACUGGCCAACAUUUACUCGACUUCAACCAUGGAACACCAUCAUUUUAACCAGACUGUGACCAUAUUGCAGCAGGAAGGACACAACAUCUUCAGCAAACUAUCGAGUACAGAGUACAAGGAAGUUCUCGAUCUGCUGAAGCACUGCAUCUUGGCAACUGAUCUAGCACUCUUCUUCAACAACAAAGACCGUUUAUCGAAAAUCUUAUCGGAGGACAAUUUCUCGUGGCACAACCAGGACCACAGGCUGCUCAUUCAAGCUAUCGCGAUGACCGGAAGCGAUUUAUCCGCGAGUGCCAAACCCUGGGAAGUCCAAGUAAAGACCGUCGACAUUAUAUUCCAAGAGUUUUACGAUCAGGGCGACGAAGAGAAGAAAAACGGUCGAACACCGUUACCGAUGAUGGACAGAAAUCAAACUAACCACCAGCCUGCUUCUCAGGUCGGUUUCCUAACAGGAAUUUGUUCGCCUUGCUACACCCUCCUCCAUCAAUUGAUUCCCGAAACUAAGUCUCUGUUGGAUAUGUGUCACGAAAAUCUGAGGCGAUGGAAGGAUAUUGACGAUAACAUCAAGGAAAAGAGGGAAGCGCGAUGAAGUCAUUCCGAAAGGGAUUCUUUGCAUCUAGUCAGUUCUUUUACUUUUGCAAUAUUGGCCGCACUGCUCUCGAGGGUUGUCUUUGGAAAACAACAAAGGCAGGUAUAAUCCCCAGGCCUCAGUUAGUGCCAAGACUUGUUUGUGUAAAUACGUUUUGUGUCCUUCCCAAUACUGGCAUUAAAAAAUGGACUGUUGCCGAGGUUUGAAAGUUUUUUUUUAUAUUAUUUUCUUUUCUAGUUAGUAAAGUAUUUGUAUUUAAAUAAUAUAUGCCAGUUUUUAUUUUUAAACAA